AUGGGCGAAGACGUUGGAGCCGCGACCGGAGAUCCUGGCGUCGGCGACAGCGGCGGACUCGGGGCGGAUGAUGCCAGUGUGACGAGGGACUGUGGGGACUACAAGGAACGGAGGCGACAUUCCCGUGCAGCAGCAGCCGAGGCCAAAGUCAUGAACGACGACAAUUAUGACGACCAUUACGACGGCUCAGAUGCCUGCUCGGAUUUCAGCUCCGUCUCCGUCGACGAGCUGCCGCCUAUCCGCGCCUACGGUCACACCUAUCACGGCUCAGGUCUCCUGCUUAUGCCCAACGACGAAUCGGAGCGUGCCCGCCUAGAGAUCCAGCACCAGCUGUUCAAGCUAUGCCUCGAGGGCGCUUUGACUGCGACGAAGCUGCCGACGGACAGAGCCCUCAACGUCCUCGACAUCGGCUCCGGCACCGGUAACUGGGCCGUGGAAAUGGGCGAGCAGUACCCCCUGGCCAACAUCAUGGGUGUCGACAUCUCCGCCGCGCUGCUGCCCACGACGGUCCCGCCCAAUGUCGUCUUCGAGGUUGAAGACGCCAACGAGGACUGGGCGCGCGAGAAGAACAGCCUCGAUUUCGUCCACAUGCGGAACCUCGUCGGCGGCGGCAUACCGGACUGGCGGGCGCUCUUCCAGCAAGCGUACGAGCACCUCAAGCCCGGCGGUCAGAUCGAGUUCUCCGAGGUGCGGACGAGGUACUUUGACCUCGUCGAUAGCAGCGGCGACGAGCCCACCGCGCCGACCGAGGAAGAAAAAGAUCACGGCUCCAUGACGGCAUGUCGCGAGUUCGAGAUCGGGUUUGCACAAAUGGCGGCCAUCGCGGGUGUCGACUUUGAUCCCAUACCCAAAAUCCCCGCCAUUCUGUCCAGUGUUGGGUUCGAGAGGGUGGGACGCUGGUCGGAUCUGGUGCCUAUACAGGCCGUGGGCCACGACGAGAAGAUGGUCAGGAAGGGGGCCCAGUUUGCCCAGAUGCUUGAAUAUGGUUUGGAGAACUACUCGCUGGCCGUGUUCGUCAAGGGGGGUUGGGAUGAGAAGGAGACUCGGAAUCUCCUACAGAGAGUCCACAAAGAGUCGCGAGAUACGGCAAAUGAGGCAUACGGCAAAGUAUCUUUUGUAACGGCCAGGAAACCAAUGCAAUGA